UUGGAGGGGAGUUGAGCUGCUCGGCCAGAUCUGUCUCCCUGGCUGGCAGGGCUGGGGAGACGCUGCUACCUACAGGACAGCGCAGGACUGAGUCGCAGACGCACGCCUGAUAAGCGCAGUGGUGCGCCGCAGGGAUGGAGGAUCCCCAAACUAACAUGUGAUUGUGCGAUUCCUACUGUGCCAAUGCCCCUGGAUGGUGCCAAACCUUGAGAAAGUAUCGUGCCCAUUGCCCUUCCGCACCAUGCGCUGUGCCAGCCGGAUUACCAAGUGAUGUGAGAGAGAGAAGGAUAUGGGUUACUCUAACUCCGUGAUGGGGAAAGCCGGGGUAGUACCCCCUGUGCCCGCCUGGCACCUGCUCUGGGCUCUCCUGCUCUGGGAAGCCACAGAGAGUCGAGUGACAAUGGACAGCAUUCAGCGCUUUUCAUCCCUCCCUGUAUAUCUGCCAGUGAACUAUCAUGUUUGCAAUGCUGAGGUUUCCUUCUUCCUUAAAGAGGUCAACCCAGACCUUACAAAGAAUUCUAGUUUGCAGAUCCGGACAGAACCACUUUUUAUCUACAAAGCCAAGAUGCCACCUGUAAUAAAUGCCACAUAUGGACCUUAUUCAGCUGAGCAGACAGUGCCAAAACAUUUGAUGAUGACCUCAAGUACUUUCAGUUCAACCAAUAAGUUCACAUUUAACUGGCAAAUAAAAUCCCAUAUUAUAGAGAGUUCCAUAUAUUCUAACAACCCCAAAAUACAGGCUUUGUUUUAUAUAACAGGGAAAGACUGGAAUGAUUACCACCCAUCAGAGAUUUUACCAUGUGUGAGGCUGGUGGCACUUCUAGAAAACAGAGAAAUUUCAUCAAGCUGUAGACUCAAAGGGAGCUUAGGAUUGUGUGUGGCAGAACUGGAGUUGUUACCAAGCUGGCUAGGUACAUCUUCUGCAGAAGAUCUAAAGGAUUCCGUUCCACCCCAAGGAGUACCUGUGGAAUUGCAUCACAUCAUCUACUCCACUGGAGAGGAUGAAGAGUGCUUAUCGGCCGAGACAAAAUGGACCAACAGCAUUCAGUCAGAGAGUGACUCUACUCAGAAAGUGUCCCCACCAAUGGAGAGAAUUGGCAGUGUUGUUGUUUACCCAUCCCACAACACUUUGAGGAUGUCAGUGCUACGGUUAGAUAACAAUAUUCAGAUACGUUUUCCACCAAGUCCAGUGAAAGUGGGGGACAUUGUGACCUUCUCUGUAUUAAUGGUGGGAGGCUCACCCACAUAUCAGCUCACAUUAAGGGUUAAGACUGCACUUGGUGCUAAAAUACUGUAUGUGAGAGUGACUGACACUGAACAGUGGAAGGUACAGAGACAGAUGGAAAAUGGAGAUAAAUAUACAACUGCCACUCUUGUCUGUGUGCGGCAUGGUCCUGUUAUCCAGAGCAGCACCAAUGAAUCUCUGUAUGAAAUUCUACAAAUGGACUUUGAAAUGGGCCUCAGUAGUGGUCUGGCUGGGGCCCAGCAGAUCACGUGGCAAGUGGAAUAUCCAGAAGAAGACUCGGUCAGUGAGCUGAUGAUCUCGGAAAUCUUUGUCAGCCAGACUACAUUUGCUGGGAUUGUCCCUCUUGCCAUGGACACAGAACUUCUAAAUACAGCUAUUCUGACAGGAAGGGCAGUGUCGGUCCCUGUGAAGGUGGUGGCAGUGCAGCAGGAUGGCUCUGUGAUUGAUGUAUCUGACUUCAGCGAGUGCAGGUCAGCAGAUGAAGAUGUCAUAAAGGUUUCUGACAGAUGUGAUUCAAUCUUUGUCAAUGGCAAGGAAAUGAAGAGUAAAGUUGAUACCAUUGUUAAUUUCACUUACCAGCACUUUACCACUGAGCUAGAGGUAACCGUUUGGGCUCCACGCCUUCCCCUGCAGAUAGAAAUAUCAGACACUGAACUGAGCCAGAUCAAGGGUUGGAGGAUCCCAGUUAAUAUGAAUAAAAGACCAACCAGAGACAGUGAAGAUGAAGAGGAUGAUGAGAAAAAGGGGAGAGGAUGUUCUCUGCAAUACCAGCAUGCAUUAGUACGAGUCUUUACACAGUUUGUAGCAGAAUCUUCUGAGGCUGGACAGCUGACCUACAUGCUGGGCCCUGAUUGGCAGAUGGACAUUACUGACCUUGUGAGUGACUUCAUGAAGGUCGAAGAACCUAGGAUAGCUACCUUAGAAGCUGGGAAGGUCCUUGUUGGACGUGAUCAAGGAAUAACCACUGUACAGGUCCUCUCACCUCUGUCUGAUUCAAUCUUGGCUGAGAAAACGGUCACAGUGCUGGAUGAUCGUGUCGGUAUUGUGGAGCUGGGAGUGCAGAUCAUCACAGGACUCUCCUUGUCUGUUCAAGCAAAUAGAUUGAAUAAAAGAGCCAUCUUAACAACAACAUCAGCUAGUGAUAUCCUGCAUGACUAUAAGCAGGAAGCUGUCCUCAGUGUGUGGAUGCUUUUUAGUGACGGCUCAGUAACACCACUGGACAUUUACGAAAGCAAAGAUUUUUCUGUUUUAGUGUCUUCACUGGAUGAGAUGGUUGUAUCCGCCUAUCAAAAUCCUCUGUCAAACUGGCCUGUUGUGGUUGCAGAAGGAGAAGGCCAGGGCCUUCUCAUAAAGUUAGAAUUGGGAAUAAGUGAGAUCUGCCAAAAGUCUAAGAGAAAGAGUAACCUCGCUGUUGGCAGUGGAACAGUUAAAGUUAAAUUUGGCCAAAAGGAUUCCGAUCAAAAAGCAAAAAUUAAUGAAAUACAUACUUCAGAUGACGAUUUUAAGAAACAUGCCAGUAAAACAACUGAAAAGGUUGCAGAACAAGAAAGAACUGCAAAUGAGUGGCCCAAACAUGGAUCAUCUAUAAGUAAUUUUGAAGAUAAUAACAAAAACAUGACCUCUGAUUCACCUGGAGACUACCACAAGAACUAUUAUGAUGGUUACAUCCAAAUUGUUCCAGUCACUUAUACCAUUUUCCCUACGCGAAUAGUAUCUUCGGAACACAAUCGGGAUAGUGAACUCACACAAGCAUCGAGGGGCCUGACGGACCUAGAAAUUGGCAUGUAUGCCCUUCUUUGUGUCUUUUGUCUUGCCAUUUUAGUCUUCUUAAUUAAUUGUGUGGCAUUUGCAUGGAAAUAUAGAAACAAAAGGUUCCCUGUAGCAGAUCAAGCCAAUAUCCCUCACUCUCAUGACUGGGUAUGGCUUGGAAAUGAGGUGGAACUACUGGAGAACCCAGCAGACACUCCCCUUCCAGCAGACGAAUGUACAACAAUGAUUGACAGAAGGCCGCAGUUUGAAGAAAGCAAUUUCCUGCUCAAUGGGGGUUCCCAAAAGAACCCAUAUAGCCAAAUUCUUCAGCCAUCUGAUUACAAUUAUGAAAAAGAUGCCCAUAUUGAGCCAUUAAAUCCAGGGGGGACCAAAAGGAAACGAGUAAAGUUUACUUCCUUUACUACUGUUUUACCUGAAGAAGGGGGUCCCUACACCAAUGCAGUCAUUUUUGGAAAUGACGAAAACAUCAAGUGGGUUUGCAAAGAUAUGAAACUUGGAGAUUCACAACAGCUUAAAGACUACAUGGAUAGUCUCCAGGACAAUCUGUAAAAUAAUUUCCUGUGUUUAUAUUCACCUUUAUGCCUUCUGUUUCUUUCUUUUUUUUUCUUUCCUUUUUUAAGGGUGGCACUAUUCAAUCAGCAAUAGAAAAAAAGAACAAAACCUACAAGGUUAAAGUCAUUUUACAAUGUCAGUGCUGCCAAUGCAUUUUUUUUUUGGCACUGAAAUAGAAUGUACGCCUAGGAAAAAAAUGUCAAAGUGUAAUUCAUCUCAAGAUUUGAAGCUGCAUAAUGCUUUUAUAGAAGGUCUUACCGUAAUCGUGGCUAAGUGUAACAAUGAAAGUCACAACAAUUAGCAGAAAAUAAGGAGUUAAUCUCUAGAGUCUUUGGCUCUUUACUGUUCAUUGAAUGUAUUAAGGAAAAGGUUAUAUUGAAUAUGAACCCUGCUUCUAAAUUACUGCAAAUCCAGAUUCAAUUUGACUUACAGUGUGGAAUUAAUAAUUAAAAGCACAGUGGACUUUUCUUCUUGUUAUAUCAGUUUGCAGAAACAAAACACAACAUUUGGGUGAUCAGUUUUUCAAUGUGCUUUUUGUUAAAGACUCUGUUUGUAUAUCCAUGAUAUCUAGAUAGCUGACCCAAAACUAUAGCUAUCAUUCUUGUCCCCAUUUUUAAAAACUGUUCUUCAUUCACACACUGGUGCCGCUGACAAAAACUAAAAUAAGAUAAUACGGUGCAGCUAUAUCAGCUUAGUUCUAUAAGAAAUGACGCCAAUAUGCUUUAGAAAAUACAUGAAAAGAAACUUAUAGGAACAGUACUUUAUCUCGGAGAGGUUAUCUUCAAUUCCAUGGGUCCAUCACAUUAUUGUAGUGAACCGCUAUUCUUAACUGGCUUAUAUAAAAUGUUUCUUCUUUUAGUUUUUAGUCCUUAUUCUUACUUUACUAUUAUAUGUCUUUUCCUGAAAGUAUGCUUGCUGAGCUUCCUAUUACAAGGAGACCACAUAGGUUCUCUCAUCCACUGUCACAGAAAACUUUGGUGCCUUCAGCAAAAAGUAUUUUAACAUUUCUUUAAAAAGGAUAUCUUAGGGGUCAUUUAUAAAUGUACUUGCAAGUGCUAGUGCUCUACAUGGACACAUUGGAGAGUGUAUAUUGAAACAAUAUAUUGAAACUAUUUAUUUAAGACACUUGCAUCCAACAUGCUCCUGCACUUCCAUGUCGUUGGCAAUGUGUCAAUACUGCUUCUUCUGAUAAUUGGUGUCAAUAGUGGCUACUGCACCUUUUGACACAAGGGAACCCUAAUUAGGGUGGCGAUAGCUUCAGAGAAUUGUGGGAAUUUCAGGCAGGUCCAGACUGAAUUUCAAAAUAGGCCCAAAUAAGGGGCCCAAUAAGUAAUGAAUGUCUAUGGCAUCUUACAAGAGCCCCUCUGGUAUUUGCCAGUCUUUGCCUGAUUCCAGGGUUCCCACAUUGAGCUGCGCCCGGUAAUUUAGAUAAACAUCCUUUAAACGCUUGCUCUGGAAGUGGAGUCACCUCCAUUUUGAACAUAGUAAAUGCAACUUAAACCCAAUUUGAGUAAAAAAUCAAGUAGAUGCAACUUGAAAUGUAGCUACAAUUAAGCUGAAUUUAUGGGGGACAUGCUGCAUUAUGGAUAAAAAAAACCAUGGCAAUUUGUAUCCAAAAUUGCAAAAUUCACUGUUAAAUACAUGACCUCUAUAGUCUCUGCAUUUUCCCAACACUUUUAUGUUACAGGACUCUCUUCUUACUAGUUAAAAUAUGACAUCUGCAGUAUCUGUAAUAGUCUUUCAAAGGUUAUUGCAAUUAAAAUACAACACUGAGUCCACUGACUUGCAUAACACUUAUGGGAAUUCAGAUCUUUGCCAAAUAUUACUCCACCUUUACCUAUAUUUGUGCUGUUGAAACCAAUUGCAGACCCCUUUUUUGAUGGAGGAUCGCUAAAACAUGUAUUUAUCUAUUCAUUUUCUUGUUUCUGUGCAUUUAAGAGAAAUAUUACCAUGGGUCUGAUCUUUGGCGCACAUGUGCCUUUAAACUGGAGUUAAAUAGCUUUCACCUUUUUACCAUCAGUAUUUUUUUUUAUAUAUACUGCUAUCACAUUCUGUGUAAUGAUGCUUUUUAUGGCCACCCCUUUCAUUUUCAGAUAAUGUGAGGAAUAUCCUAUGGCACCCUGGUAUUUGCUGUAGCUGAUGCAAUUAAGAAGAAAUGCAAUCAUGUUUACAUAAAAAUGUUCACAUUUAAUUUGCUUGCUAAUAUCAGUGUACAUCAGGGGAGUCUAUGCUGAAAAUAAGCUUCAAAUCACAUUUUAUUAAUUAAUAUGAAUGAUAUAGCCCCAAAGAGAGCCUCUAUAGUUUUUUUCCUGUUCACAAAUGUAUUAAGAGGCUCUCUACUUAAUGGAGAAGAACUGCAUUGAGUGUCUUUUAUUCUGGUUUUAUUUUUGUGUUCAAUGCUUUUAGAUUCGUAAUUUUUCAGUUAAAUGGGGAGACAUUAUAAAUGUCUUUUUGUUCCAACUCAUACCCCUUUUGGGAUACUGUCCUUUCCUUUGUGAGACUCUAAUAAGAGAUCUAAUAAGCAGGGGAAGGAGAGCUUUAUACAAAUGCUGCCUCAAAUGACCCAACAUCACAAUAUUUUUGCCUGUUAGUAUCAAAAAGAAUGUAAGCAAAUAAAUUUAUGUAUUUUGAAACAAAUUCCUAAAAAAAUGUAUAAGAACAUUCAGUUCUACAAAGAAAGAUUUUAGAAUGGCAAUCUAUACAAACUCCCUACUGGAGAAGCUAUAAUCUUGCAUGGUAAGAUAAAGGCGUGAUGUGUUGAAUUAAAUUACUUGCCCCAGUAGUUACAAACAGAAUUACUAGGAGGUCACAUUUGAUUUAUGAACAAAACUGCACCCCCUUCAUGCUCUCAUACAGGAAUACAAGUCUGUUAUAGGAAGUACAAAAUAUCUGAAGCACAGAAAGCUAUAGGAUUUAAAUGUUUUGGCACUUACAUAAUAGACUGUUAUAAUUAUCAUUUCUGUUAAUUUACAAAUAUCUUCUAUUUGAGUGAAUGUAAACUUGAGUUGCCUGUAUCCAUCGGAAGGACACAGGAACAAUAUAUGAAACAAAAUACAAGCAUACUUUGGAAGUGGUAAGAGAGAUCUAACAGAGAGCAACAUGCUACAGAGGUUUUGUCUUCUUUAUUCAUUUAAAUUUAAAGCAAUUUAAUUCAUAAAGCUACACCCACUUUUUGCUUCUUGCUUAGCUCACCCAAGCAAUGCUGAAUAUACUCCAGAAUAAACAUGAAGUGUGAGUUUAUUGAAGAGAUGCAGACAAAAAAACCCCCACUCAGUAUUGGUAAAAUAGUGUCAAGUUUAGUAUUAUACCUCCAUAUGUAAUAUGCACAUAGUUUGCAUAUAGCCGGAAACCAUAGCAACCAAUAAGAGAUUUGCUUAUAUACAGGUGAGCAGUAAAUUCUAUCUGCUGAUUGGUUGCUAUGAGUUACUGCUCCUGGGCAGACUUAAUGUCUUAGCAUUAGUGAUGAGCUAAUUUUUUCGGCAGGUAUGGAUUUGCAGCAAAUUUCCACAUUUCGGCAUUGGCGAAACAUCCAAGAAAAACUCACCGCAAAAAAUACAUUGCGCAUAAAAAAAAGGAGUGGCUGCAUCAAAA